AUGGCCACCGAGGCCCAGGUUUCCCAACAGUCAUCCACACCUCCCGUGACCGGUGCCAUUGCUUCGGAAGUUGCUGCGAUAUCCAGACCAGCAUGGAGGCCUCCUCCUCCCGUCCAGGCGAUGUUGUACUCGUUCCCCUCGAUGGAACCCCUUCGUUUUGUCGAAUAUUCCCCGGAACAUCUCUCUAUGCCUCUUCGACGUGACAUCCUUCACCGAGCCAUCGUGUACGAGGGUGACAAGACUCGCCAAGGAACGGCCAGCACGAAAUGGAGAGACGAGGUGCAUGGCAGUGGUCGAAAACUUUAUCCCCAGAAGGGAACUGGUAGGGCACGAGUGGGAGACAAGAAGUCUCCGAUUCGCAAAGGAGGUGGUGUCGCCUUUGGUCCUAAACCGCGAGAUUUCUCUACGGGGCUCCCGCGGAAGAUCUACGAUAAGGCGUGGCGGAUUGCUCUGAGCUAUCGGUUCAGACGGGGGCAGCUGAUCAUUGUGGACGGCAAGAUCUCGCUACCAGAGGGCGCAACUCCUUACUUGAUCAAAAACAUCUUCAAGAGGAACUCCUGGGGUCACGAACACGGGAGAUCCACCCUCAUCACAGACGUCAAGGACGACGAGCUGUUUGCGACGGUCAGUGAGGUUUCGGAGCACGCUAAGAUCCUGGACCGGGAGGAUGUGGAUGUGAAGGAUCUGCUGGAGACGGGCAGGCUGAUCAUUGAAAAGAAGGCGUUGGAUAAGAUUCUGGCCCAGCAUUCGAGGGAUUUGAGGAAGGAGCCUGCCAAGGCUAAGUACGAUUGA